AUGUUGCCGGGCUUGGCCGCCGCCGCUGCGGCCCACAGACAGGGCUGGUCCUCCCUGUGCCGGCUCCGUCUGCGCUGCGGGGCGGCGGCCCGCGGCUCCGGCGAGCUCCAGGAAUGGCAGAAUUUGGUGACAUUUGGAAGCUUUUCAAAUAUGGUUCCCUGUAGUCACUCAUACUUUUGUACACUGAGUCAAGUAAAGUUGUACUCUACGAAUGUUCAGAAAGAAGGGCAGGGAUCAAAAACUCCCCAAGUGGAAAAAAUACCAACAUUUGAUGAAGCAGCAGAACUCAAAGGUCCACUUACUAAGCAAGAACCUCUCCAAGUAAGAGUCAAAGCAGUCCUUAAGAAGAGGGAGUAUGGACCAAAGUAUACUCAGAAUAAUUUCAUCACUGGAGUCAGAGCAAUAAAUGAGUUCUGCCUUAAAGCCAGCGAUCUGGAACAGCUUCGAAAAAUCAGACAACGAAGUCCCCAUGAAGAUACUGAAUCCUUUACUGUAUACUUGAGAUCAGAUGUGGAGGCAAAAUCUUUGGAAGUCUGGGGAAGCCCUGAAGCUCUUGCCAGGGAGAGAAAACUGCGUAAAAAAGCAGAAAUAGAAUACAGAGAAAGGUUAUUUAGAAACCAAAGCAUGUUAAAAGAAUAUAGCGACUUUCUUGGAAAUACCAAGCCACGUUCCAGAAUGACAUCAGUUUUUCUUAAGGGGCCAGGAAAGGUGGUGAUGGUUGCCAUUUGCAUCAAUGGAUUAAAUUGCUUCUUUAAAUUUCUUGCUUGGAUUUAUACGGGUUCAGCAAGUAUGUUCUCCGAAGCUAUACAUUCUUUAUCUGAUACUUGUAAUCAGGGUUUACUGGCACUGGGCAUCAGUAAGUCUAUUCAAACACCAGAUCCUAGUCAUCCGUAUGGAUUUUCAAAUAUGCGCUAUAUUGCUUCACUAAUUAGUGGUGUUGGUAUUUUCAUGAUGGGUGCAGGAUUAUCUUGGUACCAUGGAAUUAUGGGAUUGCUUCAUCCUCAACCAAUGGAAUCCCUGCUUUGGGCAUAUUGUAUUUUAGCAGGAUCAUUGUUAUCAGAAGGAGCAACACUUCUUGUUGCUGUAAAUGAACUGCGUAGGAGUGCUGCGGCCAAAGGAAUGUCAUUUUACAAGUAUGUAAUGGAGAGUCGUGAUCCUAGUACAAAUGUUAUUUUAUUGGAGGAUACUGCAGCAGUCUUGGGAGUGACAAUAGCAGCCACUUGUAUGGGCCUUACUUCCAUAACAGGCAAUCCACUGUACGACAGCCUAGGUUCUUUGGGUGUGGGCACCUUAUUAGGCGUUGUCUCAGCAUUCCUCAUUUACACUAACACCGAAGCACUACUAGGGCGAUCCAUCCAGCCGGAACAAGUACAGCGGCUUACUGAACUCCUGGAGAAUGACCCAUCAGUAAGGGCAAUUCAUGAUGUUAAAGCUACAGAUUUGGGACUAGGUAAAGUAAGAUUUAAGGCAGAAGUAGAUUUUGAUGGACGAGUUGUUACAAGAUCAUAUUUGGAAAAACAAGAUUUUGACCAAAUGCUACAGGAAAUUCAAGAAGUAAAAACUCCUGAAGAACUAGAGACAUUUAUGCUUAAACAUGGAGAAAAUAUUAUUGAUACUUUGGGAGCUGAAGUAGAUAGACUUGAGAAGGAACUAAAAAAACGAAAUCCUGAAGUUCGACAUGUUGAUUUGGAAAUAUUAUAG